GUAAUUCCUCAAUCAAUUCCGUAAUCGAUUCCAGAUGUUUUCUUUUCGAAUCCGUUUUUUUAUAAACUCCAAAGUCGGCAUAGAUUUCCCAUUACUAAUCUGCUGAACACUAAUCAAGAUGCGUUCAAUUACUAGUAAAGUUUGAAGUAACAUUCUUUUCAAUAUCUUCCAUAAGAGAUCAUUUGCAUAGCACGUGCAGCUAUUACCUAAAUGCUAUCGGAAUUAAAUCUUAUUUAUGUACAACACGACCAAGAAUACAUUUAGCCCUCAUUAUUAGUAUUUUUCCAAUUAGAAUAAUUAGUACCCAAUUUUCAAUGCUCUUCCAGUACGAACUGGAGACAAAUGGGUUGGUAUAUCUAAAGGAGAACGUCUAUUGAACCGCUUCUAUUUCGUCUAGAACUUCUCAACGAUGGCUUCUCUCCAAUCGAUCGUUUUCGUUGUGCAAGUGAUACUAACUUUUGUUCCAAACAUAAACACUCUGGAAUCCAACGCAACAGGAGCCCAGUCAAAUACGACACAUUGCAAUAUUUGCUGGAGUCUCACGAGUUCUGGCCAGUGUCAAAACACUUCCAAAUCGGAACCAUGCUCUCCUGAGCAGCUAGAUUCGACCAUGAACAAGAUGCGCUUGAUUCAUGCACCGACAACGGAACAAAGCUUAUCCGGAUCUACCAUGGCCGAACAUCCAUUGCAACAGUAUCGAUGUUUUACACUGUCCGCAUCUUCGGGUACGGGUGACUCGAAGAAAGUGUUCUACGCUAAAGGAUGUACCACUGUAGCGGGCGAUCUGUGUGCCAGUUGGACAAAGGAAAAGAGUGCCACCUGUACAACCUGUACGGGGAACAACUGCAACGCUGCGACACCGAUGGAAGUUAGUCAUGGUGCAUCGAUUAAAUUAAACAACAAGAAUUGUACUUCUUCAAAUAGCAACCGAGUUGUGGCGAUAAACAGUAGUUUCAACUGGAUGGUGGGAAUCACAUUACUGAGCAGUGUUUUGAAUUACUAAGGCCUUUAAGUGAUCUACAAGAAGCUUCUCUUUUUUUUCAACACAAUUCGAAUGUGACAAUUACUUCAAAUUUCUAUAAAAUUAUCUCCAGUUACUAA